AUGACUAUAACUGCUAAGUCCAACGGGGUUGUGUCAUCAACCAAGUCAACGAACAAGUCUGUUUCCAGUAAGACUAAGAAGUCUGAGGAGGAUGAUGAUGAAAACAGAACUGGUGGAUUGAAGUUGCUGAAGCGAGGAAUGGUUACGAUGAGCCGCAUUACAAACAGGCUUAUCCGAGGAAAGAGGCUCACUGUGAAGUUUAAUGAAAAAGGAGAACCUGUUGGUAAGGCUGCAAAAGAAAUGCAGUCUUACAUUGGGGUGUUGGCACGUACGAAGAUCCCUAUCUCAAUAAAUGAUUGGAGAGAAGUGGAUCUAGAUGAAAAGGAAAAGAUAUGGGAAUCUAUAAAGGAUGCAUUUGUGGUGCCUAAAGAGCUUAAAAAAAUGGUGAUUUCAUCUGCUGCAACUAAAUGGAGAGAGUUCAAGAGCAAGUUAACAAACAUGUACAUCAUCCCUUAUAUGGAUGAACCAGAACUGUUAGAAAAUCCUCCAGAUGAUUACCGAAGCAUAACGAAAGAUACUUGGCACCAGUUUGUUGCUGAUAGGCUUUCAGCUACCUUCCAGGAAAUACGUGAAGCCCAAAUUGCAAAGCGAAAGGAGAAUAAAUAUCCUCAUCGUAUGUCACGCAAAGGUUAUGCAAAUUUAAUGGAAGAACUGUCUGAAAGUGUCCCUUUACAAGAACUUGAUAGAGCAACAAUGUGGAUUAAGGCUCGGCAAGAUAGGAAUGGCAACUUCAAACAACCUGAGGUAGAGAAGAAAGCCGAAAAAAUUGAACAUUUAAGGAAAAGGGAGGCUGAAGGGGAAAUUGCCACAUCUGGGUCUGAUGAUGUGCUCACUCUUGCAUUGGGGAAUCCGGAGCAUAGAGGUAGGGUUAGAGGUGUUGGUGGCAAUGUCAAGCCCGAUUUAUAUUUCAACUUGCCAAAACGGCAAAAGAUGACUUUUGAACAGAGGACUAGGUUAUCGCUGAAGAAGAUACUAGAGGAGGAGAAGGAAGUUUUGUUAGCUAAGGAAAGAACUGCAUGGGAGGAGGAGAGGGAUACAAAACUUGCUGAGGAGAGAGCUUAUUGGACUGAGAGGAUUGCAAAGCUAGAAGCGAAGGUCGAUGGGAAGGAGCUGCCUGUUGAGUCCCCCAAACCUGUCACAGCAGUUAAUGAGCUUGGUUCAGGACAAGGGAGUUGUUCUCGCCAUGGGGAGAAGGCUGCGGAGAAGGCUGCACAUGAUAAUAUUGAAGCUGAGGUGAAGGGUGUGAAGAAGAAGUUGGUUUUAAGAGAUGAAGUGAGCAUCGAGGUUGAAGAGGAAAUUGUGCAGCCCAGUGAUGAGAGGGUACGGUUAAACCCGAUAUUAGAAGAGGAGGUUAGAGAAGAUGUCAUUGUACUAGAGGCACCAGUACAUGGUGAAGAGGAACAAUUAGGUGAGACCAAGUAUAAACUGGCCAUUGACACGGUGGAAAACAUUGUGGCUAUUGGAACUGUCAUCAGUAUCGACCUUGAGACCAAACAGCAAACAAUCCAUGGUGUUCCACUUGGAGAGGAGAAUUUGCGUGUCUCUAUCACAGAAACUGUUGUUCCUGAAGCUUUGCUGCCAUUUCCCAUAAAAGAUGAGAUAGUGAAGGUCAAGGAUGCCAUUGGGACUUGUGUCGCUUGGCCGAGGAACCUUGUUAUUGCCCCUGCACCUGGUGGGAAGAAAAAACCAAAGCGUAAAAUUCCUAAUAGGCCACAGAAAGAUAUGUUUGAUGAUAAGGAAGACUUGCAAAUCCUGCCAUCGAAUCUCCCUGCACCUUUAAAGGACUUAUGCAUUUGGGCAAACAUUGGAUUGCGGAAUGGGGCAACCAUCCACGCCACUUUUGGACCAGAACUUUUUGGUCAUCCACAUAAAGCCUUUGUCUUUAGGAAGGACAUCUAUGCUAUGACACACUUAUUGGAAAUUUCAGGCAGCUGCAUUGUUUUUUACAUGAGCUACCUUCAAGGUGUGUUGAAGAAGGCUAAGAUGAAUGACAUGGUCGCUUUUGUCGACCCUGCUCACACGGGUGCAAGUGGUUGUGGAAAUCCAACCGAACGAGCUCGCUUAGUAUCAAAUCGGUUCAUAAAUGGGAAGUCUGGGCAAAUUUAUUUGGUCCCAUAUAAUUCAGGUGGUCAUUGGACAUUGUCUGCUGUGAAUCCAGCUGAAGAAACCAUUCACUUCAUGGAUCCGUUAAAGAGGCGACUCAUCGCUGGUGAAUGGAAAACAAUUCUGGACAACUCCAUUAAAAUCUACAAUGCACAGAAGAAUAAGAAAGGGAAGAAAACCAUUCAAUGGAAAAAUCUUGCUGGCAUUCCGGAGCAGAAAGAUAGUAAGACUUGUGGGUAUUGGAUCAUGCGCUACAUGAAGGAGAUAGUGGAAGAUAAGAAUUUGGAGUUUGCAGCUAAAUGGGAAAGAAGGACAAAUCUGGUUUACACUGAAAAGGACAUUGAUCAAGUUCGGGCAGAAUGGGCGAAGCAUGUUAUCAUGUUUCCAGAUAUGUAGUGUGCGUGCUAGGAGGUUUGUCGUACAUGAAUAGUUAGGGUCUGUUUUUGUGCAUAUUGACAUCAGCUUGCCUAUAUAGCUAGAUAUUGGAGGGUUUUUGCCUAACCAAAUGAUCAACUUUUGCUAUUAUCGAUCAUUUUAACCUUAGCAGCUGAUUAGUCACUUUUAGCCUCCAUGGAUUUUAAUCUGUUGAUUAUUUUCAACAGUUGAUGUACA